AUGUCCUCUAGGACUUGGAAUCCUACGUGUUUUCGCCGUCAACGGAUUUUGAGGCUCCCGAAUGCUGCUUCGGAUUCGAAAUCGCGGAGCAGAUUCCCCUGCUUUCACGCUACUGCCGCCGGCGUCGUGGUCAGCCUUCUCUAUCUCUUCUAUGUCUUUGCCGUUCCCCAGCUGCUCAAGUUUCGGUUCCGACUCGAUUUGAGCCCGUAUGAUCUGGGAUUGUACGGCUUUGGCCCAUCCCGAAGCUAUAAAUCUUUCGAGUAUGAAUCUCCUCUGGUAGAGAUCACGGAAUGGGGUGCGGGAUGCGACCCGCGAUACACCUUUCUUGCCCCUCGCGGCGACUCCGUCGCUUAUCCUGGACCGUUGAUACUCGAUGCUGAUGGCGAACUGGUUUGGACGAAAUACAACUGGGCUACAACACAAGAUUUCAAGAUGCAACGAUACAAUGGGUCGGACUACUUGACGUAUUGGCAAGGUACUGAGAUUGAGAGUCGUGGCUACGGAUCAUGGUACAUGCUCGACUCGACCUACACCCAACGAUAUCAAAUAUCGCCCGUCGGCAACUUCGGAGGUGGAGACCUGCAUGAAUUCCACAUCACAAAACAGGGAACAGCUUUAGUGACCGUGUACGAUCCGGUUCCCGCGGAUCUGACUUCCGUUGGCGGGCCGGAACUGGGCUGGAUCCUUGAUGGCGUCUUUCAGGAGAUCGACAUCGAAACCGGGGAACUGCUGUUUGACUGGCGCGCUUCGAAGCAUUAUCCUGUUAAUAAUACCUUUGAGAAAUUCGGCGGCUCCGGAAGGGAAAAAACAGCUGCCUUCGAUUUCUUCCAUAUCAACAGUGUCGAAAAAGACGAGCAAGGCAACUAUCUUGUCUCUGCGAGGCAUUUCCACACUGUCAGUUGUAUAGACCGGAUCACCGGCAAUGUGUUGUGGACCCUCGGGGGCAAACUGAACGAUUUCACGGAUCUGUCGGAUGGACGGGCAACGGACUUUGCUUGGCAGCAUGAUGCUAGAUCUCACAUCAACAACACCCUGACAUUGUUCGACAACGCAGCGCACUCAAAUUCCGACCCUGAGAGUGAAAGUCGCGGCGUAGUGGUCCAGCUCGAUGUUGAGGGCCGCACGGUCGAAGUGCUCGCGGAGUACUACCAUCCUCAGCGGAUGAGAUCGGUGUCUCAAGGCAAUGUUCAGGCGCUGGAUGAAAGCGGCAGAGUCCUUGUCGGCUGGGGCCACAGUGCCGCCUUCACGGAAUUUACCGCCACUGGCGAUCUGUUAUGUGAUGUUCACUUCGGCGCUUCUGCAUUUUUCACCUUCGGCCGUAUAGUGUCUUAUCGUGCGUUCAAAGGCUCUUGGGUGGGCCGACCACAGACAAUCCCUGACGCAGUGGUCUUGGGAGACCACGUCUAUGUCAGCUGGAACGGCGCAACAGAGGUUGCAACCUGGAGACUAGAAGUCUGGGACGCGAACGAUGUCGAGGUAAGCACCUUUAAUGUUGUCGCGCAUUUCGCAAAGUCUGGGUUCGAGACAGAGAUUGGGGUUCCCGACGAGCUAGGUAGCCCUCUUUUUCGGCUUGCAGCGCUGGAUGCGGAAAGCAAUGUUCUGGGGUACACCGAAGUUCUGCAGACGGACCAAAGCGUUGACAUCGAUGCACGGCUUAAUCUACAGAAUUGCAUAUUGGCUGCUGCUUUCCUCAUCGGAGGCGGUGGCCUGCUCUUCGGUUUGUAUCGGUGCUGUGGUUGCUGCCGGCUCUUGCGCAAAUGCCAACAUCGGUCUAGUGAAUACCAGCUGGUCGCUUAUGGUGAAAACAACGAGCAGCAAUCCGUAUAA